AUGGAGCCCACCUGGGCCCAGGGGCACCACCGAGGGCGCUGCCGGGAUGGGGCCAUGAGAGGCGGGCAGCAGGGGCCGCCGGGAUCGCUGCUGUGCUGCUGGACCAGCGCAGGCCCAGACGUGAACCGAGGAGGAGGAGGACGAGCGCCCUGCCGAGACCGGGCAGCGCCAGCUCCAGGACCUCGAGCCUGGCUCAAGGAUGAUGCCUGCUGCCUUGGGUGGCUGCCACUGGCCCCGCGUUUCACUUCUAUUCCCGUCCCCCGUCCUGCUACCCUAGGCCCAGCUGCCGCAGGGGUUGUGCCCUCCCGGACCUGCCCUUGGCUUUGGCGUCUGCCUGGGGUCCCUCAGUCAGCCCCCUUCACCCGUCACCCCAGGCAUACGGGAUGCCCAGCCUCAUCAGGACUCGGCCAGGCCCUCCAUGUGCUCUGCCAUGGUCUGCUCUGCCAGGCCCCACUUCCCGUCCACAGCCAGGAGGGGCCCUGGGCCCUCAGUGUAGCCUGGCUGUGCAGUGCCACCUUCUCAGGGCACAGGCUCCUUCCAGAGGACAGCAGCCCAAGUGAGGCCAACCAUGCCCACCCCUCCCCCGCGGCCCAGCUGGCAUGCUCUGGAGAGGAAAUUCCCCGUCACUCCCAACAUGGCUUCCCUUCCCCUCGUUGCUCCUCCCUGAAGCCAGCUGCCACCUGUUGUCUUCUACACGUCGGCCCUGGAGUGUCCCAGCUCGGGGUCCUGACCCAGCCUUCUCAUCCCAGCACGCUCGCCUCUGCCUGUGGCCCCACACCUGGUGCCCGGUGGCAUCCCCAACUCCAGAUGCUGAAACGGAUGCCCUGGCUACUCUGGACCACUGCGUUGCGCUGAGCGGGUGUCUCGUGGAAAUCAGGUAGUUCCUGGUCACUCCAUGUCACUUCUUCAUGGAACCUAGUGGCAGGACGUUUCCUUUGUUAGCUUCCACUGGAGGUUUUGGCCUAGCAGUGUGGAUGACAUGAGGGUCCAGGGAGGCCCUGAGGGGCAGGAGGAGUGGGGCUGGUGGCAGGGCACGCCUGACUGCCGCUCACUGGACGCGGGCCUCAUCCCGGGGGUGAGGCAGGUCCUGGGUGAGGAGGGAGCUGACCCAACUCCCACUGCACCUGCAGACAUCACUGCGGGGGAUGGAAACUGGAACCAGUUCAGAGGUGGCCAUUUGCACCCCACCUGGGCUCGCCAUGUGGCACAUGGAGGGAAGGCAGAGGCUAGGAGCCCCCAAGUGGGGUCCUUUUUCUGGAGGUGGAGGCUGCAGCCAGUAUCUGACACCACCAGCCACCAGAGGAGACCUAGCAGGUAUUCAAGGGAAAAACGCACAAAUUUUCAAGGGUCAUGGUUGCCUGUGAUGGAAAAACAGCAAGGUCCUCACAUUUUGCUGGUCCAGAAGCCCAGGCCGCCCCUCCCUCUGCCACGGCCAGAUGGCUUCCACACAGGGACUCCGGCCCAUAGGGAAUACCCACUUACAGGGGGACCGGAGUAGUCGGGACUGGCUAGUGAACCCUCGCUGGGCUCAUGGUGUCCACGGUGCGGUGCUCUUCUGUGGAAACGUGGUCAGUGCUGCAGCAGAGGCAUCAGUUCUGUGUCUGCAGGUCCACAGGGCUCACGGCCUGUCCUGUCCACACUCACCCACGAGGUUCCGAUUCUGCAGCGGGCCCAUGUUCCCCACGGUUCUGAUUCUGACCCCUGCCCACAUGCAGGAAAGUCGGCUGGGGGUGCAGUGGAGGUCACAGGUCUGUGGGAGGCUGAAGGCCAGUGUUCUCUUGGCCCACACUCAUGAGGCCUGGAGGCUCUGUGGAGCCCGGACGUGACCUGCACCCUUUCUUUCUCUCCUUUCCCUUCUUUCCUUGCCCCUGCCCACCCUCCCUAGUUCCUCGUCCUCUCUGAACAUUUUCUUCCUAUUUCACAAUACCUAUUUACA